AAAAAAAGUGUGGAGUCCUUUGUCUCUUGCUCUUGCUUCUUGUUCCUCGUCACCAACCUUUUCCUCCUUUUUCUUUACCGUCGCUUCUCUUUUUUUUUCUUACACUCUCCCUUUUUUUCUUUCUCAACGACGCUUGUCUUCACCUCCGUCUUUCUCUUUUCCACGCUUACUCCGUUGAUCAAUGUCCCAAAAUUCCACGACCUCUGAACAGUAUGAAGACCGUUUGCCGGACCAUCAGGACAGCAACCUUCACGAAGCAAACGACGACGGCGAUGAUGCUUUGACAUUGCGCGCGUUGGUCUCCACCAAGGAAGCAGGCGUCGUCAUUGGCAAAGGCGGUAAAAACGUGGCUGAAUUGAGAUAUUCAACGGGUGUCAAGGCUGGUGUUUCCAAAGUCGUUCAAGGUGUUCACGAUCGAGUGUUGACAGUGAGUGGUUCCUUGGAAGAUGUAGCUCAGGCAUACUCGUUGAUCGCUCAAACCUUGUUGGACAAUCCCAUUUCACCUCUUUCCCCGCCCACCUCUCCUACCGUUGCUAAUAUUCCCGCGACCAAUGUAGCGACCAUUCGAUUAUUGAUUUCGCAUAAUUUGAUGGGUACCGUGAUUGGUCGUCAAGGCGCAAAAAUCAAACACAUCCAAGACACCUCGGGGGUUCGCAUGAUUGCAUCCAAAACCUUAUUACCGCAAAGUACCGAACGUGUGGUGGAGAUGCGAGGUACGACUGAAUCGAUCCGUUUGGCCAUCCUGGAAAUCGGCCAUUGCUUGAUUGAGGACAAGGACCGAGCCUAUGGUACCAUCUUAUACAAUCCCACCAAAGUGGCCGUGACCACCGAUCGACGAAAUUCCAUUACACGUACCGGCAACGGAGCCGAUUUUAGCAAUGACUAUCAGCCCCAGCGCCGAUCUUCCGCCACGUCUCAGAAUUUUCUCAAUAACCCCAAUAUCCGCACACAAAACAUCUCCAUUCCCAGCGACAUGGUCGGAUGUAUCAUUGGCAAGGGCGGAUCCAAGAUUAGUGAAAUUCGUCGACUUUCGGGAUCACGUAUCUCCAUUGCCAAAGUACCUCAUGACGAAUCCGGCGAAAGAAUGUUCACCAUUCAAGGCACCGCCGAAUCAAACGAACGCGCAUUGUACUUGCUGUACGGUCAACUUGAACACGAAAAGGAACGCCGUUUGAGAGGCAGUAUGCACGAAGAGGACAUUUUGGAAGAGGAAGAACAUGUAUGAAAUCCUCCACCAUUUCCACUCUGGUCCAUUGUUGGAACCCAUAAAAUAACAGAAACCGAUCUUUUCUUUCCUAUCGGAUCGGUUCAUCCUCCCAAUAUUCUGUACCUUUCGUUUUUUUCUUCUUUCUCUUUCUCUUCCUUUCAACUCGAACAUUGAAAUCAUUUUUUUCCCACAGUUCAAUCCAUUGUCUUUUUUUUUUUUCCUUUUUGCUUUUGUAUAAUCACAAAUUGACUUGAUAUAUAUGCAUUCAUUAUGCAUAUAUUAUACAUAAAAAUCGUUCUUUGGUUCGUUUCCUUCAUCACUCGCAAUGUGAAAGGAUGAAAUAUGAUC